AAGUAGGAGCGCCACCCUGUUCCACUGUAGCAGGGGGGCCCCACUGGGUACUGGGGACAGACGGGAAAGGGCUUGUGUCAGGGGUCAGGACUGCUCCCAAGGAAGCCCAUGAGCUAGCCCAGAACAGGAAAUAGUAGAGCAAAAGAAAAAAAGAUUGUUAGCAGCUGCAGCGAGAGAGUCUGUGUGUGUGUGAGAGAGAGAAAGAGAGCGAGAGACAGAGAGAGAGGGGGAAACUUAGGCAGCAAGAGAAGAAAAAAGCGGCAUCCAUUUACUAGGUUGCGACGCUGGGCUACUUUUAAACUGCGCUGUUGGUGGUUUUUGUGGAGGGUAGACGGGUGAACUUCGACAUGAACCUGCUUCCUGAAUGUCACAAGAAGGGCUCCACGCUACAUGGAGAGAUGUCACGAAGAGACCAGCGCUACCGUAGCCGUUUGAGGGGGACAAAGUGUUGUGAGUGCAGCACCUCCCUGUCCCAUUGGUACUACGAGAAGGAUGGGCGGCUCUUCUGCAAGAAGGACUACUGGGCCAAGUUCGGAGAGCUGUGUCACGGAUGCACGGAGCCCAUCACCACUGGCCUGAUCAUGGUUGCGGGAGAACAGAAGUAUCACCCCGAGUGCUUCACCUGCCUGAACUGCCGGAGCUUCAUCGGAGAUGGGGACACGUAUGCCCUCGUGGAGAGGUCCAAGCUCUACUGUGGCCAUUGCUACUACCAGACCAUCGUCACCCCGGUGACCCUGCCGGACUCGCCAUGCUCAAAGAUCCCCCACACCGUGACGCUCGUGUCCAUCCCGGCGUCCACUGAUGGCAAGCGUGGCUUCUCCGUGGCUAUCGACCAGAGCACCAGUCCUAAUGGCUUCGGCCCUGACCACAACCCCACAGUGAGGGUGUCUGAAGUGGACUCAGAGUGCAUCAGUCCUGAUGUGAAGAACUCUAUACAUGUAGGUGACAGGAUCCUGGAGAUCAACGGGACCCCAAUCCGGAAUGUUCCAUUUGAUGAGAUUGACCUGCUGAUCCAGGAGACGAGUCGUCUGCUGCAGCUGACCAUUGAGCACGACCCCCAUGACCGCGGCGGCUCGGAGGACCAGGUGGACAGGCCGAGCCCCCUGUCUCAAGUGACCAGUCCGGUGUCCCCCAUCACCCAGCCCCCCAACCAGGACGUCAACAACCUCCGCUCCCGCAUGAUCACGCGCAGCUACAGCAUUGACAAAUCACCCUGCUCCAGCAACACCGCUUCCCCCUUGUCCCAGCGCAAGGACAUCAACCGCUCCGAGUCCCUGCGCGUAGUGUCCAAUCACACGCACCGGAUCUUCCGGCCCUCCGACCUCAUCCAUGGAGAGGUCCUGGGGAAGGGCUGCUUUGGUCAAGCCAUUAAGGUGACCCACAGAGAGACAGGCGAGGUGAUGGUGAUGAAGGAGCUGAUCCGCUUCGAUGACGAGACGCAGAGGACCUUCCUCAAGGAGGUGAAGGUGAUGCGCUGUCUGGAGCACCCCAACGUGCUCAAGUUCAUCGGCGUGCUCUACAAAGACAAGCGGCUCAACUUCAUCGCCGAGUACAUCAAAGGAGGAACCCUGAGGGAUAUCAUUAAGAAAAUGGGUAGUGACUUUCCAUGGAACCAGCGAGUGAGUUUUGCCAAGGACAUUGCUUCAGGCAUGACCUAUCUGCAUUCCAUGAACAUAAUCCACCGAGACCUGAACUCUCACAACUGCCUUGUACGAGAAAAUAACAGCGUGGUGGUGGCAGACUUUGGGCUUGCCAGGCUCAUGGUGGAGGACAAGAACCAGGACAAGCUGUCGCUGGGCAACACGCAGGGCCUGAAGAAACCCGACCGCCGGAAGAGGUACACGGUGGUGGGCAACCCCUACUGGAUGGCACCAGAGAUGAUUCAUGGAAAGAGUUACGACGAGAAAGUCGACAUCUUCUCCUUUGGGAUUAUGCUUUGUGAGAUCAUCGGGCGGGUCAACGCAGACCCAGACUAUCUCCCCCGGGCGAUGGACUUCGGGCUGAAUGUGAAGGGCUUCCUGGAACACUUUUGUCCACCGGACUGCCCGCCCGCUUUCUUCCCCAUCGCUGCUAUAUGCUGCGAUCUGGACGCAGAGAAAAGGCCGGCGUUCACUAAGCUGGAGGAGUGGCUGGAGAACCUGAAGAUGCACCUGGACAUCCGGCUGCCGCUCGUGUCCGAGCUGGAGCAGCUGAGCCGGGACUUCUGGCAGAAGCACCCGCCCUCCGAGAACGGCUUGCACCCGCACCCCGAGGAGGAGCCCGAGCAGUCCGCCCGCUCGCUCGCUCUCUCGGCCAGACGGAGAGGGGAGGACGAGGACCAGAACGGCGCGUAGCGGAGACGAGAGGGUGGCAGAUCUGCUAAAGAUAGGCUUCCGCCCCGCUGGCAGAGGGCAGAGGGGGGCUUUCACCCACCUCAACGCUGGGCAGCGGUGUCGGACACACACACACACACACACACACACACACACAAACAAACACACACACACACAUACACACACGCACACACACGCACACCCCCUCCCUUGCGGGGUAUGCUGUGAGUAACUCUCCGUGGUUGGGAGCUCCGCAGUGGGCAACGGAUGCCAACCGCUGUGGACUCAGGGAUGGAAAUCCAGCCAUGUCAUGUGUGCUGGCCGCCACCUGGGGGCGCCACUCCAGUCGCAGGCAUUCAUCCUCCCAUCCCCUCCUCUUCCCCUCCGCGUGGGUCCCCAGGAAACAGGUCCCAGUCACUCUCAUCGCUUCGGCCUGUUGAAUGGCCGGUCAUCGUCAACAGUCUCCGCAUGGAAGAAUCGACCAUCGCCGCAUUGUGUGUGUGUGUUGUUGUUGUUGUUGACUCUAAAAGGCUAAAACGCCAAUGAGAAAAAGUCUUUGUCUGCUCAUAACCCGAAGGGGAUGUUUCAAAUUUCAUCUCGUUAAAAAACCACAAUCUUCUCCAAGACAAUGGGGCAGCUUCAGGUGUCGUGUUGGGUUAUAUGUGAUGUCUUCAUAUAGCAAUUGUACCUUAGCGUUAACUGGCUUUAAUUGGUUUGGGUUGGAUAUUGAAGAGUGAUUUUUCUUUUACCGAACGUGUAAAAGCCCUGUGGAAAGGCUACUUAAUAUGAGCUCCUCAAAUGAAACAUCAUCACAAGGCAAGCUUUCAUUCUAUUUGCUUUAUCUCCCUGACUAGCCCCCUAGCCUGGCCUGCGGUUAACAAAAGCCUCAAAACUGGCCGUUCAUGCUUAGCCUAAUGUGGGCACUAGUAUUUGUUGUGCUGAUAGUCUGGAAGCAGGAUAACAGUUGCUUCUCUCACCACCAUAUCUCUUCUCCUGCACCGGCAUGCUAGCUUAUACAGUGACGUCUAUAGUAUUACCUGGUGUUCAGUGAUGAAUAUAUCCUUGAUUUUGCAGUGACAGCUUGCUUUUUGAAUGGACAGCAAACAAUCUAUAACACAAUGAGGAGAAGCACCAUCUAAAUGAAUGAUAUGCAUGGUUGUAAAUAACCAGUCAUUGCCCCCCCCAUCCCUGUUUGUUGACUAACCCCGCAACAGAGAGAGAGAAUGGGGGGGGGGCAUACUAACUCAUAGCUAAGAGCAGCGCUCCCAACAUCCCACUUUUAAGCAUAAGACUUUCACAUUUGCAGGCCAUUUGAGCCUUGCACCGUCUCGCUGCAGUUUUUCCCACUGACGUCAAUGCAUCCUGCUAAGUCUGCGGAUGGGGCCCUUCGCUAUCGCGCCAAGCCAGCGCUGAGAGGCUGGCAAGACUCCUAAGAGGGCACCGAGUACGGGAAUCAUUUCCUCCAUCUUUCUCCACUAGUUGUGCAGCACUGAAAUCAUUUUGCCACUAUGGUACAGUCAUCUAUGGUACAUUGUUUUUCUUUUGUCAUUGACUUGGAGUACUUUUGAAGUUUCAUCAUGUGUAGUCCAACUCUAAUCAAAUGUACAUACCUAUUGAUUGAGUAUUUACUGUAAAUGUUUUAAAUAUUGUAUAUGUACAGACAUAUUUUGUAUACUGAUGCAGCAUUGCCAUAUUUUUGGAUUGGCUUCAUGUUAAAAUUAUAGACAUAGAUCUAGAUAGGAGAACAGUAAAUGUUCAACAGAACAGCCUCUAAAACACCUGUAAAAGGUUGGCAUGGCAACAGUGUGGCCCUUGGUUGACUUCCUCAUUGGAAGAGUGAAGGGGGCAUCACGGGACAUGGCAGAGGAGACGUCCAAGGUCUCGGGCCAUCCAUUUCCCAACCUGUGCUUCUCAUGUGUGUUACAUUUACUACUUCCCAAGCAACAGAUCGAGUUAUGUUGUUUACAGUCUGCCGGCGAGUGUCCACUUUUUUUCUCGUGACCGUCUCUGUGAACUUAACUUCCUGGAAAUGCGAGCAAUCGCAGUCCACUGCUCUAUGUGUUUGAAAACCAGCAAAAAAAGAGAGAGAAAAACACGUCACAGAGGCAAAAUGCAAUCAUUCAUGUUUCUUAUAUGUUCAAUGGAUGGCUCUGUUACUCUUUGCCACCCUCUUGGUGUCCAGUGGCCACUAAUGUGCUGUUGAGAGUUCUGUAGUCCCUCGGCACACUGGUGUUCGACCAAGAUUAGUAUUCAAGAGGCAACGUUAUGUUUUACCAUCCAGACUCGAGCCAUGUGGUUUGGCCUUAGCUCUUAGCCAUAGUCACUGGUGUGUGGCCGUGUCUCACCAACCUGUGGAACACUUCCUGUUUACACAAACCUGCUGGCUGUAAAUAUCUCUGUAAAUCUCUGUUUGAGGACAAGCCCAGCUUUCUUUCCUUCUCUCUCUCUCUCUCUCUUUCUCUUUCUCUCUCGCUCUCUCUCCAUCUCCCGUGGGCUGGAGAUGAGAGUUGCAUGGUGCAUUGGCUAGGUGUUUAGUUUUGCUUCGAGGAUAAAAACAGAGCUAUUCUUGUAACUUUGAACAAAUAUUGUGAUAGAGAGGGGAACACAGUGGAGGAUGUGUCAGGAACGUGUGCACAGACGGCAGAUGCAACCGGAACAGAAAAUACAUGGAAGGGGGGAGGGGGGAGGGGAGUUAACACAGCAUCUCUUUUUUUGUAUAGAACCACUGAAAUCUUUUUGUAUAGAUUUUUAAGUAAUUUAAUUUGCACUAUGCUAGAAAAUGGCUGCCCUCAGGGCUAGGUUUGUCUUUAAAGAAAAAAAAAAGAAACUGCAUUGGUUCUAAUAUGAAUGCAAGUCACUGAAGGAGCCUUUGAAAUGUAAAGGGAUUCAUUGGGAGCCUUUCCUCUGAGUAGCAAACUUAUCAAUAGUGUCUUUAAAAUCAUUUCUUACCGCAGUAUUGACUUAAUCCUGGCUAGUAGGCCUAUGGCUGAAAUAUGCAUGUGCAUCUUCAUUAGUUUUCAAUUCCAUGUCUUCACAAGUUAUAAUUGUACGUAUGUUUGGUCUUUUAUGUAGGAAUAUCUCCAUUUACAUGGCACAUACAGUAAAAGUGUCUCUGUAGUUCUUUUCACUGAUUUUGUUGUAUUACAUGCUUGAAUUGGCAAAUUAGAUAUCCAUUAUCCAAACUGGACCUGUACCAUUCCAACAAGCCUAACUUAUCUUUACGAACGAUCCUUUAUGUGAAUGACCAAAAAACGAUGAAGCACUAUGCAUAGCUUUACAUGACCUUUGAACUCACAUUACCUUUAAAACAUAUCUUCCAAGUUUGCUACAAAGAGGAGGGUAACCUGUGUUUCCCUUGCUGUCUACAGAAAGAUCCUUUGUGAAAGAGGUUCUGGUUGUAAUGACCAUUGUCCAAUUCCUUGAUGUUGGACUACUUUUGUCAGAGCACUUACAAUCCCUAUUCCAGUACUCUCCAUUGAAAGUCCAGCUCAGGGCAUUGGAGCUUGUGAUGCUUCACUGAAUGCGAUGUUACUGCUUGGGUCGAGUUCUGUUCACAGCUUAACACACACACACAGUACACACAGCAAGCAAGCAUGCAAUCCUCAACUGUUACCCAGUGAUGUCUUUACAGAUAACUUUCACUUGCAAAAUAGUCUAUAGGUAAGAUCACAUUCCUUACCACAUGUCUGUUGUGGACUGUCUAUGAUGCUAUGGGCAUGAAUCCUGGUCAUCUCAGUCUAGCAGACACUCAAGCCAAUUCUCAGCAUGUGCGGAUGUUGCAGCAGUACUUCUUUGCAAAGGAUCCAUACCUCUGAACAUUGCUGUGCCUUUGUUUUAAGCUAGCCUUGCCAACGACUUGUAGCGUGUUUGAAAUGAUUUUUUGUAAGAAAAAUAAGAAAAACGGUGUAAGUCUGAUGAAUUUGAUUUGAUUGCUGAUUGGUUUUUAUGAGAUUCCCACUUGUUCUCUAUAUUUAUAUUUUCCAUAUUUCCAUUGUCUGUUUUUUGGUAAUUUUGGUUUAUGAUUUUCUUUGUUCUUUUAAUUUAUUUUUUUACACAAGCUGUGAAAAAAUCUGCACUUUAAUUCCGGUUGUGAACAUUGAAAAUCCAAGGAGACGACUGUAUUUCAUUGCAGCUGGAAUAAAAUUGCCGUUCCUUAACAAAUAUA